CGGGCAAUAAUCACGAGGGAAUGCCAAACAGUCCAAGCGUUACAUCCCUACACCUUCACGCCAACAAUCAGUCGCAAACCGCCAACUCUGCCUCUACGGGACAUUUAAAUAAUGAUCUGAACGCCAGUUCCAGUUCUGAUCUGCAGCACAAACUCAAUCAGGCAUUUAUGCGCAAAAUACCCCCCGGGUCUGAAGCCGACAAUAUUCUUGUGGGAGAAAUCGAUUUCCUCGAGCACUCCAUAUCGGGAUUCGUUCGCCUCAAUCAAGCCUGUCAU